CUUCUUCAUUUCUGCUGAAUAUUCCAGCUUGUGAAAAUGGAGCGUUUAUCUGCAGCAAACACACAGUUCUCUCUAAACCUGUUCAAGAAGAUCAGCGGAGGAAACGCAUCAGGAAAUGUCUUCUACUCUCCGAUCAGCAUCUCUUCAGCUCUGGCCAUGGUGUCGCUCGGAGCAAAAGGAAACACAGCAGAGCAGAUGUUUAAGGUUUUGGGCUUUAACAAUCCUGCCAAACCCGAUGCUGUGAUUCAAGUUACUCAUCAACAAGCCCAGAAGCCCCAGAUGCCCUGCGGUGUCAAGGGUCAACAUGAACCACCAAUGAUGCAACAGACCCAAAACUUGGAACAGAAAUCUCCUGCUCAGCAAACAUCUGGACAAAAAACUGAGGACCAAAUUCAUUCCGGCUUCAACAAGCUCAUGAGUGAACUGAAGAAACCAGGAGCGCCGUAUGUUUUGAGUCUCGCCAACCGUCUCUACGGAGAACAAUCCUACCAGUUUGUCGAGAAAUUCCUCAAUGAUGCCAAAAAAUACUAUGAAGCCGGACUGGAGGAGGUGGAUUUCAAGAAGAAAUCAGAGGCUGUGCGUAUCAACAUCAACAAAUGGGUGGAGAAAAACACUCAAGAGAAGAUCAAGGACUUGCUCCCACAGGGAUCCAUCGGUGAGAUGACGAGACUGGUUUUGGUGAACGCCAUCUACUUCAAGGGGAACUGGGAGAAGAAAUUCCCAAAGGAAGCCACCAGAGAUGGACAGUUUAAGCUGAGCAAGACUCACACUAAACCAGUGAAGAUGAUGCGACAUAAGUCAAAGUUUCCUCUGGCCUUUAUCCCAGAGUUGAACAGUCAGGUUCUGGAGCUGCCGUAUGUCGGGAAGAAUCUCAGUAUGUUGAUCAUCCUUCCGAAUGAGAUUCAAGACGAAACUACAGGCCUUCAGAAGCUUGAAAAGGCACUGACCUACGAGAAGCUCAUGGAGUGGACCAAACCCAGCAAGAUGCUUCAAGAGCAAGUUCAAGUAUCUAUACCCAAAUUUAAGAUGGAGGAAAGCUAUGACAUGAAGAGUCUUCUGAUCAGCAUGGGGAUGGAGGAUGUGUUUGACCUGCACAAGGUGAAUCUUUCAGGCAUGUCGCCCAACAAUGACCUGGUGGUGUCGAAGGUGAUUCAUAAAGCCUUCGUUGAAGUAAAUGAGGAAGGAACCGAAGCGGCUGGAGCCACCGGCGUCGUUAUCGAAACAACCUCAAUGCCAUUAGACCCAAAAACCUUUACUGCAGACCAUCCCUUUCUUUUCUUCAUCCGACACAAUCCCUCCAACAGCAUUCUGUUUUAUGGACGCUUCUGUUCUCCUUGAAGAUAGUAAUGAUAGAGUGAUAAUAAAAA